AUGACGGUCAAAGCCAAACUCACCCAUCCUGGAAAAGCCAUCCUGGCAGGUGGAAUCGCAGGCGGCAUUGAAAUCUGCAUCACGUUUCCUACGGAGUAUGUGAAGACUCAACUGCAGUUAGAUGAGAAAGCCAAUCCGCUCCGUUACAGAGGCAUCAUGGACUGUGUGUCACAGACGGUCCGUCAUCACGGAGCGAAGGGUUUAUAUCGAGGCCUCAGCUCGCUGCUGUACGGAUCCAUCCCUAAAUCUGCAGUCAGGUUCGGUGUGUUUGAGAUACUCAGUAACCAGAUGAGAGACGAGGCUGGGAAGCUGGACAGCACUCGAGGGUUAGUCUGCGGUUUGGGUGCCGGCGUGAUAGAGGCCGUCCUGGUCGUCUGUCCCAUGGAGACCAUAAAGGUGAAAUUCAUCCACGAUCAAACCUCAGCUAAUCCCAAAUACAGAGGCUUUUUCCACGGAGUGCGAGAGAUCGUCAGAACUCAAGGAAUCAGAGGGACGUAUCAAGGCCUCACAGCGACCGUCCUCAAACAGGGAUCCAAUCAGGCGAUCCGGUUCUUCGUCAUGACCUCUCUCAGGAACUGGUACAAGGGUGACGAUCCCAACAAAUCCAUCAACCCCAUCGUCACAGGAGCGUUUGGAGCGAUUGCUGGAGCGGCGAGUGUGUUUGGAAACACGCCGCUGGACGUCAUCAAGACCAGAAUGCAGGGUUUGGAAGCUCAUAAGUAUAAAAACACGGUUGAUUGUGCCACGAAGAUCAUGCGACAAGAAGGACCAGCGGCGUUUUAUAAAGGCACGGUCCCACGGCUGGGCCGAGUGUGUUUGGACGUGGCCAUCGUCUUCAUCAUCUACGAGGAGGUCGUCAAGAUCCUAAACAAAGUCUGGAAGACGGAGUAAACGAAGUGACGAGACGAGUGUGACGGAGCUGUUCACGUCUGCAGUUACGUCAGGGUUUGAUUUCAUCCCAUUAGUUCUGCCUUUAAACACGCACAUAAUAUUUAAAAAAAUUGAUUUUUAAUAUCAUACAACAGCUCUGAAAUACUCUUAAACUGUAGUCAAAUUAACAUUAAACACUGUAAGUGCCAAAUUUAACGGAUUUUGUUUAUUAAUAAAUAGAUGGUUUAACUGCUAGAUUUAAUAAAGAGCAAACAAACACACACACGCACGUGUAUGUUUACAAAUGUUUGCACACAAACAAACAUGAAACUCUUGAGCCAGAGAAAUCAUUUAGAGAAAAGUGUGACUGUAAAUGUGUUUAAUGUUUUAACCGGAGAAAAUCUUCAAGAGCAAUUGGGAAUAUUUACAUAUUGGGGAUAUAUGAAUAUUUAUUGAUAGAUUUACAUAAAAAGAGAAAU